AGCCGGAACCCGGCGAGCGCGGGGCGGAGAGGCGAGCGCGCAGAGCUGGCGGGCCCCGUCGCGUCCCCCGCGCCCCCCGCCAUGUCGGCCGAGGAGAUGGUGCAGAUCCGCCUGGAGGACCGCUGCUACCCGGUGAGCAGGAGGAAGCUGAUCGAGCAGAGCGACUACUUCCGCGCCCUCUACCGCUCCGGCAUGCGCGAGGCCCUGCGCGCCGAGGCGGGCGGCCCCGAGGUGCAGCAGCUGCGCGGCCUGAGCGCCCCGGGCCUGCGCCUGGUGCUGGACUUCAUCAACGCCGGCGGCGCCCGCGAGGGCUGGCUCCUGGGCCCGCGGGGCGACCAGGGCGGGGGGGCGGCGGCCGAGGAGGAGGACCUGGACGAGGCGAGCCUGCUGUCCGAGCUGGUGGAGGCGGCCUCCUUCCUGCAGGUCACGUCCCUGCUGCAGCUGCUGCUGUCCCAGGUGCGGCUCACCAACUGCCUGGAGCUGUACCGCCUGGCGCAGGUGUACGGGCUGCCCGACCUGCAGGAGGCCUGCCUGCGCUUCAUGGUCGUCCACUUCCACGAGGUGCUGUGCCAGCCCCAGUUCCACCUCCUGGGCUCUCCUGCGCCAGCCCCCGGCGAUGGCAGCCUGAAGCAGAGGCUGAGGGAGGCCCGGAUGACGGGGACUCCGGUCCUCGUGGCCCUGGGGGAUUUCUUGGGGGGACCCUUGGCCCCUCACCCCUACCAGGGGGAGCCUCCGUCCAUGCUCAGGUAUGAGGAGAUGACGGAACGUUGGUUCCCGCUGGCCAACAACCUUCCUCCCGACCUGGUGAACGUCCGGGGUUACGGGUCUGCCAUCCUGGACAACUACCUCUUCAUCGUGGGCGGGUACAGGAUCACCAGCCAGGAGAUCUCCGCUGCGCAUUCCUACAACCCCAGCACCAACGAGUGGCUCCAGGUGGCCUCCAUGAACCAGAAGAGGUCUAACUUCAAACUUGUGGCCGUUAAUUCAAAACUCUAUGCCAUUGGUGGGCAGGUCGUUUCUAAUGUUGAGUGUUACAAUCCUGAGCAGGAUGCGUGGAAUUUUGUGGCACCCUUACCCAAUCCUCUGGCUGAGUUCUCUGCGUGUGAGUGUAAGGGGAAAAUUUAUGUCAUUGGAGGAUAUACGACCAAAGACCGGAACAUGAACAUUCUGCAGUACUGCCCCUCCUCCGACAUCUGGACCCUCUUUGAAACAUGUGACGUCCACAUUCGCAAGCAGCAGAUGGUGUCGGUGGAGGAGACGAUCUACAUCGUGGGAGGGUGUCUCCACGAACUGGGACCCAACCGGAGGAGCAGCCAGAGUGAGGACAUGCUCACCGUGCAGUCCUACAACACUGUCACCCGGCAGUGGCUCUACCUCAAGGAGAACACGUCCAAGUCGGGCCUCAACUUGACUUGCGCGCUGCAUAACGACGGCAUCUACAUCAUGAGCAGAGACGUGACCCUGUCGACCAGCUUGGAGCAUCGAGUUUUCCUCAAGUACAACAUCUUCGCAGAUAGUUGGGAAGCAUUUAGGCGUUUUCCGGCCUUUGGACAUAACUUGCUGGUUUCCUCUCUUUAUCUGCCUAAUAAAAAGGAAACAUGACUGAAUCAACUUAGUA